AUGAUUUUCGGAAGAAUUAGUGCUUGGUUGGUUUCUAUUAUAAAUAGAUUAUUCAGAACAAACAUUGGACUAUUACCGUCAUCAAAUCAAAAUGCAGAGCAACCAAUGUGGGAACGAACAAUUCCUACUACCAAACAAGUAUACCUGUCUAGAGUUACGAUGACAGAAGUAGUAUUACCUUCUCACGCGGAUACUAGAGGAUUUAUAUAUGGAGGAGUGGUUUUAGGUUGGAUCGAUUUGGCAGCAGGCAUUUCUGCAAAAAAACAUGCGAUUCAUCCUUGCGUAAUAGGAGAUUUUGUUAUAAUUCGAGCGAAUGUAAAUAAAGCGUGGAAUACUUCAAUGGAAGUUGGUGUACGAGUUGAAACUGAAAAUCCAUUGACUGGGAAACGAAAAUAUUGUUGUCACGCUUAUUUAACAUUUGUAGCACUUACACCGAAAGAUAAUAUACAAAUUCCCGGAUCUUCAUCAAAAAUUCCAUCAAGAUAUCAAAAUGUUAAAGUAAAAGUACCACAAAUCGUUUCCAGUACAUCAAUUGAAAAACAACGUUAUGAAUUAGCUGAAGAACGUCGACAAACGCGAUUAGCACAUUUUUUACAUGAAGAUGAAAGAGGGGAUAGAGAACAAAACAAAUUAGCACACGUUAGAGAACUUAUGAAAACGUGGUCAGAAUAUAGUAAUACAGAAACGAAGAGGAUAUUUCCGAAUCAACCCGAACAAAAAUUCAUUUCAGAAAGUUUUGCCGAAGUAGUGGAAACUGUAUUACCUCAGCAUGCUAAUACAUUACAGAUGGAUGGAACAAAUAUUGAUUCUUUACAAUUUAUUAAACCAACUUAUGUGGGUGAUUGCGUUACAGUUCGCUCUGUUGUAUCAUGCACAUUUCAUUCCAGUCUAGAAGUUUAUUGUUCUGUAGAAGCUGAGAAUUUGAUGACUGGUGAAAGGUUUUUCGCAAAUGAUGGAUUUUUUACAAUGGUUGCCGUUGAUUUCGAAAAUUCACCAACACCAGUUCCUCGAGCUAUUCCUGAUGAUGAACAAGAAAAAGAAUUAUUUGCUGGAGCAGAAUUAAGACGAAAGCGCAGACUUGGACAACGUAGAGAAUUAAUCCAAAAGGAAUUAUCGGCACACCCUGAAGAAUUUGAACAAGUAAAUAAUUAUUGA